AAAAAUUGCAAAUCUAUGCGUCCUAUACAAUUAUUAUCAAAGGUCAUUAAGACAUGUCAUUGCAAUUCCUCUGUGUACAAAAUUAUACCGAACGAGGUUCUCAUGAAUCAUUACGAAUAUUUCGAUCAGUCAAAUUCUACAAAGAUUUUACUUAGAAUGAUGAAAACCUUACAUAAUAAUGUUAACGAUACUGUUAAGGAAUGUCUUUACGGUGUAACGUAUGCAUUUCCGCAAUUGGAAUAUCAAGUAGCUCACAAAGUUGUUCUUAUGCCAAAACUUCGAGAUCGAAGGAAAGUAUCUCUAAUAUGUGGUGGCGGAAGUGGACAUGAACCUUUUGCAUCAGGUUACGUUGGUAAUGGUAUGUUGGCUGCAGCUGUAGCAGGUUCGAUAUAUUCUGCACCACCAUCGGAACACGUUAGUUAUGCUAUCAACCGCGUUUCCGAACACAAUAAAACUGGUGUCUUGGUAAUCGCUCCGAAUUAUACUGGAGAUUGUCUUAAUUUUGGAAUAGCAGUCGAGAGAGCUAAACAAAGAGGUUUAAAGGUUGCAAAUAUAAAUGUAAACGAAGACUGUAGUAUACCGGAAAAAGAUCAAAGUCGGGCUGGUAAACGUGGUUUAACUGGAAUUGUAUUUGUGAUUAAAAUAGCUGGUGCAUUAGCGGAAGAAGGAUUACCACUUGAAACGGUCUAUAAAAGUGCACACGAUGUUUUGGAUAAUUUAGCUACUACUUCGGUUGGAUUGACCGCAUGUGCAAUACCAGGUCGACGUGGAAUGUAACGAAUUGCAUACGAUUGAUCGCAGA